AUGCAAAUUCUUGUAUUCCUCUCCCUUUUUCUUAUUUCAUUCAUUUUUCCAGCCGAUUUUUUGUAUUUAUGGGAACCUCGAACUCUCCAAUGUCUCUCAAAAGGCUGCAAAUUAUCGAAAAAUGCGGACCAGACUGGUCUAAGUCCAGCGAAUUGUAGUUUUUCUGGAAAUUCGGCUGAAAAUGUUUUUGUGGAAUGUGAUAUAGAGUGUGAUGGUGCUGAAAGGGAUAGUGUGAUAUCGAAGAAGCCCACGGUCUAUAGAUACUGUAAUAGAUUUUUCACCUAUAACACUAGAAAGACAUCGGAUGGAAAAUGGACGGUAUGGAGGAAUGGAACAUGCGCGAAUGCUAAUAUUACAAUGACUGUACAUUGUGCUUUUCCACUGUGA